CAUAAAUACAAUAUGCUUUACUUGAGAUUAUAUUAACCAUUCCUUUUGUUUUUUAUUUCAAAAAUAGUCGGCAAAUUUACUUUCAUUCAUUAUCUACUAUAUUGCACAUAAUCCAAAUGUGAAAAAGAAAAUGUUAGAAGAAAUUGAUAGUAUAUUCCAAGGUGAUAAAAUGCGAUCAAUUACUAAAGAAGAUUAUUAUAGUUUAAAAUAUUGUGAAGCAAUUGUAAAAGAAGUAGCUCGCAUUCUUCCAACUAUGCGCUUUUCAAGAUAUACUGAUAAACCUAGUGAAAUAGCAGGAUAUCGAUGGCCAGCUGACACAAUGUUUCAAAUUAAUGUUAGUGCCAUUCAUAAUAACGAUGAUUAUUGGAAAGAACCUAAUAAAUUUAACCCUGAUAGAUGGAUGGAUGAAAAUUUUGAACCAAAAAAGUAUACUUAUAUCGUGUUUGGUGAAGGAUUAAGACUAUGUCCAGGAAGAAAGUUAGCAAUGAUUGAAGUAGUUUGUUUGAUGGCUUUAUUGUUUAGAAAUUAUGAAAUUAAUUUAGUAGAUAUGAAUUCUCCUAUUAAAACUAUGAGUGACGGUAUUUUAAUUUCUUGUGUCGAAUUAUUAGUUGAAAUUAAACCAAGAAAUUGA